AUGAACGCAGAGACAAUAACAUCUUCAGAUCUGAGCUUUAAUUCACCCACAGAUGCAGAGUGUGAUGUGUGCACUGGAAGAAAGCGGAAAGCUGAGCAGUUCUGUUUGGAGUGUGGAUCUUUAUAUUGUGAAAGCCAUUUAGACAUGCAUAACAUUGUACAUGUAGGAAAGCGACACAAGCUGGUGGAGCCCACCAAAAGCUUGAAUGAAUGCAUCUGCCCUAAGCAUGACAAACUGAUGGAAGUUUUCUGCCGCACAGAUCAGCAAUGUAUUUGUCACCUGUGCAUUUUAGAUCAACACAAGGCUCAUGACGUUGUUUCCGUUAGGCAAGAGGUAGCAGAAGUGCAGUUCAAGCAUGGUGAAAUACAGAGAGAGAUUACUGACAAGAUUCAGACCAAAGAGAAGGAAGUGCAAAAACUUGAGCUGGCAGUCAAGUCUUUUAAGACAUCUGCAAAAGAGGCAGUGGAGACGAAUGCAAGAGUGUUUACAGACAUGAUUCACUUGAUAGAAAAGAAGCGGGAUAUGGUGCAGGGGCUGAUAUUUGCUCAGGAGGAAACUGCUGAGAAAAAGGCUAUGGCUUUUUUAGAGAGACUGAAAACGGAAAUAACUGACCUAAAAAGGAGAGAUGCUGAACUACAACGACUGGAAAAACUUUCUCAAAUAAACAUGGAUGUAAAUUUUCUACAGGGGGUUUUAUCCAUACCCAGUCUUGCAGUGUCCUUGCCUUCCCCCACUGUGUACUUUGUUCAUCCAUACUGUUCAUUUCAGUUUGCCACUGAAGCUGUGUCAGAGCUUAUAAAACAGCUAGAUGAAGCUUGUGGGCUGUGCCUUACCAAAAUUACUCACAGAGUUAAAGAAAUUUUGGAUUCAACUUUUCCCAAACUGCGUGAAGAUCUUUUACAAUAUGCAUCCAAGCUCACACUGAACCUUAACACAGCCCAUCCAACUCUCCGUCUUUCGGACAACAACAAGGAGGUGACUUCAGCACACUUUCAAGAGGAUUAUACUGACCACCCUGACAGAUUUAAUUUUAGAGCACAGAUUCUUUGCAAUGAGGGUUUUCAUGAUGGCUCGCACUACUGGGAGGUGGAGUAUGGUGGGAGCUGCUGGGUCUGCAUUGCUGUGUCUUACAUCCGCAUCCCCAGGAAAGGAAAGAGGGGCCCUCUUUUUGGCAAAAAUAAUUGCUCCUGGGGAUUACGUUGCCAAGCUGGUUCAUAUGUUUUCUGGUAUAAUAACAGAAAUAUAUCACUUAAAUAUGAUCAACAUUGCUCCAGAAUAGGAGUGUACCUAGAUUAUGGUGCUGGUAUUCUUGAGUUUUACAAUGUCUUAGACAAUAUGAGCCUCAUUCACAAGGUCCAAACUAAUUUCAAAGAGCCAGUAUAUGCAGGGUUUGGGCUAGCUGGGAAAGGUACUUACAUCAAGAUCUGGGAUUUAGAUGUAAAGUAG